AUGAAUUAAAAAAAUUUCACAUUACGGGAAGAAGUAGCAACGGUAAAUUGCAUAAGGACAGAUACAAGGAAAAACGAAGAAGAAUCGAAGAAAAAAAGAUUCAAAAAAAAAAAAUAAAAAAUGAAGAUUUUACUAUGCAUUAUUUUGUGGAUGAGUUUGUGCCUUAAGUUAUCCCAAGGAUAUAGAAUACUUGGAAUAUUUCCAUAUAAAGUGAAAAGUCAUUUUAUAAUGUUCGAAAGUUUAAUGAAAGGUCUCGCUAAGAAGGGUCAUCAGGUUGAUGUAAUUGGUCCGUUCCCACUGAAAAAAUCAUUCGUCAAUUAUACUGAUUUAAUUGUGAUAUCAGAAGAAAUCAAUUAUGUCAAUAAUAUUCCGUACGAUAUCAUAAAUAAAAUGACAAUAUUAGAAGUGUUUUCAACCAUAGCUGGUUAUCAGCUUUGUGAAUGCUUGGAACAUCCAAAAAUCCAAAAACUAAUCCACAAUCCUCCGAUGGAUCCACCUUAUGACGUAGUUCUGAUAGAGGUUCUUGCUGCUCAUUGUUUUGCUAUAUUCGGACAUAUUCUUAAUGUACCAGUGAUCGGUGUCAGUACUGCAAAUUAUUUAUGGCUCAGUUCUUUCUUAGAAAAUCCCCAAAAUUUGGCCACCUGUCCCAAUAAUUUAUUGCAGUUUAACAGUCCAAUGAACUUUUGGCAACGAACGUAUAACUUUCUAUACACAGUAUUCAGCAAAAUAUACUUGAAUCAUUUUAACAAAUAUCAAGAUGAACAAAUAAGAAAGUACGUCGGUCCGAAUUUACCGAGUGUGCAACAAAUGGAAAAAAAUAUUUCCAUAAUUUUGAUGAACUCAUAUUUUACUAUGGACGGAAUUAGACCUUUAACGCAGGCCUACAUAGAAAUCGGUGGAUUGCACGUUCAAGAUGACGGCUCGAAAUUAUCACCUGAGCUACAGAAAUGGUUGGACGAAAGUAAAGAUGGUUUUAUCUAUUUCACGUUUGGUUCAAUGGUCAAGAUUGAAUCAUUUCCAAGAAAGAUUCUCCAUAUAUUCUAUAAAUCUUUCGAAAGGAUAUCGCCAGUAAAUAUUCUAAUGAAGAUUCCAAAUCCCAAAGAGUUACCACCUGGUUUGCCAAAGAACGUUCACAUUUUGCCAUGGAUACCGCAAUUGAAAGUUUUACAACAUCCAAACGUGAAGGCGUUUAUUACUCAUGGUGGUCUUAUGGGAACACAGGAGGCCAUUUCAUGCGGCGUUCCAAUGAUCGGAAUACCUAUUUUCGGCGACCAAUUUGCAAAUGUCAUUAAUUAUGUGAAGCACAAUAUUGCAAUAAAACUAGACUACGAAAAUUUGUCACAAGAUGAAAUGGACGCUGCAUUGAACGCAAUCUUAAAUAAUUCCACAUACAGGGAGGCCGCACGUAAUGUUGCACAAAAAUUUUUGGAUAGGCCAUUGAAGCCAAUCGACACCGCUAAUUAUUGGAUUGAAUAUAUCGUGAAAUACGGAUGGGACACACUUCGUUCACCGGCCAUGGACUUGCAUUGGUGGGAAAACGAUCUUUUAGACGUAUAUAUAUUCUUAUUGUCGAUUAUAGUUAUCAUCAUUUACAUAACAAUUCGAUUAAUUAGAAUGUUUCUCAGUAUAAUUUUAUCUAACCCAAAUAUUAACGUUUCACGCAUGAAGAAAAUAAAGAAAAAAAUGAAAGCCUCACUAUGCAUUAUUUUUUGGAUUUACUUAUGUUUAACGUCAUCUCACGGAUAUAGAAUUCUCGGAAUAUUUUCAUACCAUGGAAAAAGUCAUUUUAUCAUGUUCGAAAGUUUGAUGAAAGGUCUCGCUAAGAAGGGUCAUCAAGUCGAUGUGAUUAGUACGUACCCAUUGAAAAAACCAUUCGUUAAUUAUACCGAUUUGGUUGUGAUACCAUUGGAAAUGAAUAUUGUCAACAACAUGUCAUACAAUACCGCAAGGAAAUUCUCCUUGGUGGACUUUACCUCAACCAUAUGUGGUAAUAAUCUUUGUGAACACUUGGCAAAUCCAGAAAUUCAGGAACUAAUUCACAAUCCUCCCAAAAAUCCACCCUAUGAUGUCGUUCUGAUAGAGGUUUUUGCUGCCCAUUGUUUUGCCAUAUUCGGACAUCUUUUGAACGUACCAGUGAUCGGUGUCAGUUCUUCCAUUCUCUACCCAUGGCAAAAUCAAUAUAUUGGAAAUCCCGAAAAUUUAGCCAUUCUACCGAAUAAUUUAUUGAACUUUAAGGCUCCAAUGAAUUUUUGGCAACGAACGUACAACUUUCUACACACUUUCUUCAACAAAAUAUACUUCGAUCAUUUGACCAAAUAUCAAGACGAACAAAUAAGAAAGUACGUCGGUCCGAAUUUACCGAGUGUGCGACAAUUGGAAAAGAAUAUUUCAAUGAUUCUAGUGAACUCAUAUUUUACUGUAAACCGAAUCAGACCAUUAACGCAGGCCUUCGUCGAAAUUGGUGGAUUGCACAUUCAAGAUGACGGCUCGAAGUUAUCACCUGAGUUACAGAAAUGGUGUGACGGGAGUAAAUAUGGUUUUGUCUAUUUCUCGUUCGGUUCUCUGAUCAAGAUCGAAUCAUUUCCAAGAAAGAUUCUCGAUAUAUUCUAUAAAUCUUUCGAAAGGAUAUCUCCAAUAAAUAUUCUAAUGAAGAUUACAAAUCCCAAAGAGUUACCACCUGGUUUGCCAAAGAACGUUCACACUUCACCAUGGAUACCGCAAUUGAAAGUUUUACAACAUCCAAACGUGAAGGCAUUUAUUACUCAUGGUGGUCUUAUGGGAACACAGGAGGCCAUUUCAUGUGGCGUUCCAAUGAUCGGAAUACCUAUCUUCUGCGACCAAUUUGCAAAUGUCGCUAAUUACGUUGAAAAGAAUAUUGUAAUAAAACUAGACUACGAAAAUUUGUCGCAAGAUGAAAUGGACGCUGCAUUGAAUACAAUUUUAAAUAAUUCGACAUACAGGGAGACUGCACGUAAAAUUGCACAAAAAUUUAUGGAUAGGCCAUUGAAGCCAAUCGACACCGCUAAUUAUUGGAUUGAAUAUAUCGUGAAAUACGGAUGGGACGCACUUCGUUCACCGGCCAUGGACCUGCAUUGGUGGGAAAAUGAUCUUUUAGACAUAUAUGUAUUCUUAUUGUUGAUUAUAGUUAUCAUCAUUUACAUAACAAUUCGAUUAAUACUAAUGCUUCUUAACAUGAUAAUAUCCAAGAAAAAUAACAAUUUUUCACUCGUGAAAAAGAUGUCAUCUUGGCCAAUCUCCGUGUCGUUAUCAACGACGUCUCAUGAAUGCAUAAGAAAGAGUAAUCAACAAGUCCAAAAAAUGCGACUCAUCAUCCUAACAUUUUUUCUGGCUUUUAUAGCCUCCCAAUGUUCCACCGAUGGAUAUAAAAUUUUAGGUGUAUUCCCGAUUAAUGGAAAAAGUCAUUGGGUCAUGAUGGAGGCAAUAAUGAAAGGACUCGCUGAACGUGGUCACCAAGUUGACGUAAUUACGCAUUUUAAAUCACGAUAUAACAAUCCCAAUUAUAGAGAGAUCAUUUUGGAAAAUACUAUGGGGAUAGCUGUUAACAAUCUAACCGCAAAGGAAAUCGCACUGUUUGGCAGUAUGAAUUUAGAACGUCUUACAUAUAUGGCAGGUUUUAAAUUAUGCGAGUUACUGGAGCAACCACAAUUACAAAAAAUAAUAAAAAAUCCAGCAGAAAAUCCACCUUAUGAUCUCGUCAUCACAGAGCUAUUUGUCGCUCAUUGUUAUCUUGCGUUUGGUCGUCAUUUAAAUUUACCAAUAGUUGGUAUGAUGUCUUCUCCAUUUCACGAUUGGACGAGUCAUUUUAUUGGCGUACCAACUGAAACGGCUUACGUACCAAAUAUUCUCUCGGGUUACUCCCAACAAAUGACAUUCUGGCAAAGAUUAAUAAACACAAUAACAAUUUAUUAUUUACAAAUUCAAAUGGAUUAUUAUACCAAUAAACAAACUGAAUUAAUAAAAAAACAUUUUGGUAUGGAGACGACUAUAAAAGAUCUCUUCGAUAAACUAUCAUUGGUAUUAGUUAAUUCUCAUCAUAGUGUACACGGUAUUAGAUCAUUUCCGCAAUCUGUAAUCGAAGUCGGUGGAUUGCAUCUUAGCAAUGACAUAGACCCAUUAUCACCGGAAGUACAAAAAUGGUUGGACGAAAGCAAACACGGAUGCGUUUAUUUCACGUUUGGCUCUAUGGUCAGAAUCGAAACGUUUCCGAAAGAAUUGAUGGAGAUAUUUUACAAAGCAUUUGAAAAAAUUGCGCCCGUCCGUGUACUAAUGAAGGUGGCAAAGAAGGAGGAAUUAUUACCUGGCUUACCGAAAAAUGUUAUGACUCAGAGCUGGUUUUCUCAGAUACCAAUAUUGAAACACAAAAAUACACGUGCAUUCAUUACUCAUGGUGGUCUUAUGGGUACAACAGAAUCGAUAUACUGUGGAGUUCCAAUGAUAGGUAUACCACUUUUUGGCGAUCAAAAAAUAAAUAUACAAAAUUAUGUGGAUAGGAAGAUAGCCAUUUCCCUUGAUUCGUUUCAAGAGAUCACCGAAGAAAAAUUGACAAAUGCCUUGGAAACCAUUCUAAAUGAUCCUUCCUACAUGAAAAACGUGAAGAAACUUUCUAAGACGUUUGCCGAUAGGCCACAAUCAGCUAUGGACACGGCAAUAUAUUGGAUUGAAUAUGUUAUCAAACACGGUAAUAUCUUGCAAUCGCCGGCCAUUCAUUUACCUUGGUGGCAAAAAAAUUUGUUUGACGUCUACGGAGUGAUACUACUUGGUAUCAUUAUAACACUCUAUAUUAUCAUAGUUCUUUUACGUGGAUUGAAAUAUUUUUAUCGUCUUAUCUUUCAAGCUUCUGAUAAUAGAAAAAAACCGUCUAUAUCAAAGAAAAACAAUUGACGAAAUUAUUAAAAGUAAUAUUUUAAAAUAAGAACAGAACAGUUUAUUCGUAAAUAAGGAAAUAAGAUGAAUUGCGAUCGAUCGAGAGAAAAAAACAAAAAAGGAAGAGAGAGACAGAGAGACAGAGAGGCAGAGAGAGAGAGAGAGAGAGAGAGAGAGAGAGAGAGAGAGAGAGAGAGAGAGAGAGUUCGAUCUGUUUGCAAAAGACUACUUCUGUAUAUUAUGUAUGUAUAAUGUAUAUAUACAUAUAUAUAUAUAUAUUAUAUACAUGUAUAUAAUAUGUUAAACGAGAUAAUGAAAAAGAAAUCUUGAGAUAGAAAAAUUUACAUACGAUAUUCUUCGAUAAUAUCGCAUACGAUAUGAUAAAUAUUGCUACGUAUAGUCUUUUCUAAGAUCGUAUUUUUUUUUCAUUAAAAAAAAAAAAAAAAAAAAAAAAAAAAAAAAAAAAAAAAAAAAAAAAAAAAAAAAGUAAAGAAAAAAAAACGAAACUAAAUGAAAAAGAAAAGAAAGAAGUACAAAGAAGAAAACUUUCUUUAUGCCAUUGUUAUCGAAUCGAUGAACUGAAUUAUGAAAUCAAUUAUAAUAAUUCAAUGUUAAUUCUCGAUUAAGCGAAAUCUGAUAUACAUAUAUAGAGAAGAUAUUCGACCGCAGUGUUGAUUAAUUAAAACGAAAUGGUAUUUGAUUAUUAAUGCAAUUGAAAAUUUUACGAGUAUUCAACGUAUUAAAACGAUGAAAAUCCUUUGGAUUUCAUGAAUUAACAAUUGAAUCAAAUAGAUGUUCGAAAAAUAUUAUGUAGAUUUUGAUAUCAUUAUGUAUGAUAUUACGAUUAUUAUCUUAUGUCUCAGUUCUUAUAUCGGAUCAUUUCUUUUUCCCUGUUCUUUUUUUCUUUCUUUUUCUUUUUCUUUUUUCCUUUUUUCUUUUUCUUACACUUUUCUCUCCUCUCUUGCCACUUCUUUUUCGUACACACGCACACACACACACACACAUUCUUUUUUUUUCUCUGUUUGAAUAGUCUAAUCAAUUACUUUACUUAGUUCAUCUGCUAAUGCAUCUUUUUAAUAAUUUCUCGGAAAGCAUUUUAACGAUAAGAUCUAAGUAUGCACGAGACGUAUACCGUAUAUGUCUAUACAGAAACUGAAUAAUCAUAGGAAAUGUUAAUCAUUUAAUUAAUGUGAAAUAUAGACUUUGUUCUUUUCUUU